UAAUGUUUGGCUGCGUUCGGUGGGUAGUUACCUGUCGUCUCAUCCUCCUCUUCUCUCCCCAGUCUCGUUGGGCUCGGCUUCUCGGCAGUUUGUACUUGGCACCACCGCCUUUGAGACAUGGCAUCAUUCAAUUCAUAUAUCCACCUCAGUAAAAGUGUAAAACUGAAUAAAAGACUGUAGAGAGUGGACGGACACUCUGGUCGUUUUCCGGGUUGUUUGGGGUUUCUGCUUUACUGUUAUUUUGAUUGAUGAUUCAAUGUUUGUUUAGUUGUUGCCUGAGAUCGGAGAUGUUGGGUUACUUGGGUAGGUGUAGUAGGUCCUUCUUGUUAACUUUGUUUCUUGCCGUUUUACCCCUUUUUGUUGCUUCUUUGUUCUCUGAAUUGCACGGUAAUUUUCAUGAGAGCUACUCAAGAGAGCUAAUGGACUCCGCCUUACGAGACACAGACUGGUUGGUCUCCAUCAGGAGAGAGAUCCACGAAAACCCAGAACUUUGUUUCCAAGAGCACAACACCAGUGCUCUUAUCCGUAGAGAACUCGACAGGCUCGGCGUCUCUUUUUCCUUCCCCUUUGCCAAAACCGGUGUCGUCGCACUGAUUGGGUCCGGCUCUCCCCCAGUUGUUGCCCUACGAGCCGACAUGGACGCCCUUCCGUUGCAGGAACUUGUGGAGUGGGAGCAUAAGAGCAAAAUUGACGGUAGAAUGCACGGAUGUGGACACGACGCCCAUGUAGCCAUGCUCCUUGGAGCAGCUAAAUUGCUUAAUCAACGGAAACAUCAUCUCCAGGGAACUGUGAGACUCCUUUUUCAACCUGCAGAAGAGGGUGGUGCUGGAGCAGCUCACAUGUUAAAGGAAGGGGCCCUUGGUGAAGCUGAAGCAAUCUUUGGAAUGCAUGUUAACUACUUCAUACCCACGGGAAGCAUAGAAUCCAAUGCAGGACCUGCUCUAGCAGCUGUAUGUAUCUUUGAAGCAAAAAUAGAAGGAACAGGUGGUCAUGCUGCAAUGCCCCAAAUGAAUGUAGAUCCAGUUCUUGCCGCAUCAUUUGCAAUCCUAUCAUUGCAGCACCUCAUCUCGAGAGAAGUGGAUCCACUCCAUAGUCAAGUACUAUCCGUUACCUAUGUACGAGGAGGGUUGACAUUAAAUGUCAUUCCCUCGUUUGUCGAAUUUGGUGGCACUUUGAGGAGUCUCACCACUGAUGGCCUUCAUCAACUCCAGAAGAGGGUAAAAGAGGUUAUCAGACAGCAGGCAGGUGUACACAGAUGUACGGCCGUUGUCAACUUGAAGGAAGAAGAGUACCCACCAUACCCAGCUGUGACGAAUGAUGAGAGGUUGCAGGAGCACGUGAUGAGGGUGGGGAAGCUUUUGCUGGGUCCCAAGAACGUGAUGAUAGGUGGGAAGGUGAUGGCAGGUGAGGAUUUUGCCUUCUAUCAGGAAGUGAUUCCUGGAGUGAUGUUUGGUAUUGGAAUAAGAAAUGAAGCGGCAGGAUCUGUUCACUCCCCACACUCACCUCACUUCUUUCUUGAUGAGGAUGUGCUUCCAAUUGGAGCGGCAUUGCACACUGCACUUGCGGAGAUAUAUCUGAACGAGUCUUCGUCCUUGAAAGAUUCCAAAAUUUGAUGAGAGAGAAGCAAAUUUGAUGAUGUUGCUUUGUACAUGGUCUGUCAGAACAAAGUUUGAGACAUAAAAGAGAGUGCAGCUCAUGAGAUAUUUGGGUUUUUAAGUUGAACUGCAUUGUGCUGUAUAUUGGGCUUGGCACUAUUUAAAAUUCCGUAAUUGCUCCAAUCCAGUGUGGCACCGGCCGGCGGCCACACCUUUGAUGCUUUUCCCGUCACUCUGUGGUGGAGUCUAGAGACUGGACACGGCAUGCAGGCUAUCCUUGCGAUGCAUAUUAUGGAAAACCGUUUGGCUGAUAUGAAAGUGUGCCAAAUGGCCGGAACGGUAACGCAAUGACUACUGGUACAUAAAAUUAGGGGUCAGUCCCAGAAAAUGUGAAAAAACAGUGGAGCCACAGAUAUUGGGGGACUAGCCUAUCCUAAUUCCUAUAUACUCUUAUAAGAUCUUGCUUUGACUGAUCUACUAAUUUCAUUUUUCAUCUCU